UUCAAUACUUGAUUGAAAUGUUAUAUUGGAAUGUUUAUAGGAUAUUGGAUAUAUAAUGCAGAGUGGUGUAAAUUUUAUGUCUUUUAAAUAUUGAAUGUUCGGUUUAUUAAUUGUAAAUGUUCAAUUUAUGAUAAAAUGUUUUUAUUUGUAAAAUGUAUUUUUGAAGGAUUUGAUUUUUAUGCCACAUACAGAUAAAUUAGCUGUACAAAUAGAAACUAUGCGUAAUUAUUCGGUUAGAAAAGCAUUGUUGUCAAUAGUGCACAUGCCCUUAUACAGUCAGGACCUUAAAGGGAGGUAAUCAAAAAUAUGGAUUCAGCAAUAGUUUCUACUAUUAGUAAGCUAAUUAAUAUUCAAGCAUUUGAGGAGAAAGCAACUUUCGAAAAUAGGAUUUAAUAAGAAAAUUAUAUGUUUUAAGGUCAUAACAAAAAUGUGACAGCGACAUUAUAAACAAAAACAUUUUGACCCUUUGAUAUAUAAGUGUAAUGUUUUUACCGUUUCGGGUUAAUGGAAAAUGACGAAAAGUUUACAUCAGAUGAUAUACUGUAACAAUAUGAAUGAAGAGUUUACCAAAUGAUAUCUUUACAUGUAUCAAACGGCAAGUAAGACGGAUGUUGUGACAAUUUUACUAUUAAAUGGAAUGUUUAAUUGUAUCCGUGCGUACUUAAUUCACUGGUUUUAUGUCAAAUUUAUGUUAAGCUCUGCUCACAGCAUCUGGAUAUAAAUGUUCACAGACACGCCAAAGGGUGAUGACAAAAGACCAAAGUACGGAGGGUAAAGUGACUGUUGAUUGACGUGUCUACUUACAUAUAUAAACCUAAAUGGGACUGCUAGUAUAUUGCUGCUUGUGUGCGAUUGGGGAAAUAUAAAAUGUCUCAUUCGGGAAGUGUGUACAUUCAAGCUAUGAUUUCUUUGGUUUUAUUUCGAAGUGCUGCCUGCUCAAAAUAUUUGGAUACUAAUGUUUACAAACAGUGUACUCAGACUGUUGAUGACAAAUGACCACAAUUCGGAGGGCAAACUGUUGAGUGAACUAUACUGAAAAGCCUGCUUACGUCUGUAAAAGUGUGCAGUGGACUGACGCUCUACUUACUUACAUUAAAACUAAAAAAGGACGCUAAUAUAUUUUAUUUUUUACGCGAUAGGGAAAAUAUAAAAUGUUUCAUUCGGGAAGUGUGUGCAUUCCAGCCGUGAUUACUUUGGUUUUAUGUCGUAGUGGUGCCUGCUCAAAAUAUUCGGGUACUGAUGUUUACACACAGUGUACUCAGACGGUUGAUGACAAAUGAUCAAACUUCGGAUGGUAAACUGUACUGUGAAUUAUACUGACCAAGUCUACUAACGUUAAACGUUAAAAUUGCAGUGGAUUGACAAGUCUAUUUACUUAUAUAAAACUAAAAACGGGACGCUGAUAUAUUGCUUGUAUGCGAUAGGGAAAAAAUGUCUUGUUCUGGAUGUGUGUAUAUUCCUGCUGUGAUUACUUUGGUUUUAUUUCGAAGUGGUGCCUGCACAAAAGAUUUGGAUACGGAUGUUUACAAACAGUGUACUCAGACGGCUAGAAGCUCUCUGUAUUCGACACCAAGAGUAACUAUUCCAAAACAGAUUAGUGCAUUAGGUGUUCUGGAGCCUAUGUCAGAAUACAGUCGCUUAAAGAUGGACCUUUGUCCCAACAGUAGAUUUCUCAAACUCAGCUGGACAAUCAACCAAACACAAGACUGUGACGUGAUGAUUUGUUUGAAAAUGGAAAACAGUAGAAAAGAGGAAAUUAUGGAUACAGUCUGUUAUCGUAUGCAUAUUCAACAGUCACACUAUGCAUCUGCAAUGGACUGCUGGUUUCCAGUGGAUUUCAUCAGCAAAAGACCAAUCAUUAGAUCAUGGAUUUUACCGAUAAAGACGUCAGUUCAUGGAAUAUUUUACGGCAGUCUUGACACAAGUGCCUUAGAUCCUGUAAACAGUUGUAAGGAUAUUUGUGAAACCACCCCUAUGAACAUAGGUUCACAGAUUUACUGUCAGGAUACGGAUUCUUCUAUCACAUAUGACAAAUCAACGACUAUAGAGCAUUUGUCUUUUAAUGCCAUCGAUAAUUCAUCGUGCAAGAACGGUAUAAAGAUCUUUAAACAGUUUGAUGGUCGACUGGAAUAUCAGCUAAACUGCAGUUUCUCCGGGGUAGGAUAUAUCAAAAUAUUGUACAGUAUUCAGGGAAAGUAUUGCCUAAAGUACCAGAUGGUCACAAUUUCCUGUCCUUACGGUAAAUCUUCUGAAACGACGCUUGCAGACGGCAUUGACGACACACACUCAUUCGGGACGUUUAUGAUAUUUGGACUUGUUUGUGUCAUUGUUAUAGCAGCGACAUUUUUCACCGUAGUUAUUGUGGUGCUAUGGCUAUACGAUAGGAAAUAUUAUAGUAAGUCGCCACACAGACGUCACUCCGCAGGUGCUCGCCAUGUCAGUUUAAAAGCAGACAAGAAUUAUCCAUUGAAGACUUUCAGUCCUCAGCCAUCAGGGAGUAGACCUGUAACUUGUGUUGUCAAUACAGACGUAAAAGAAACGAAGAAAACCUCGCCUAGACAAAGAUCUGCAUCAACUUCUUCAGACAAGAUGCCUGAGGCGGAAAACGAGAAACAACGUCUUAUUGUUCUGCCCAUGCGCAGAAGCAUCACCAUGGCGCUGUUGGAGGAAACAGAUCUAUUCUACAAAAAACGAAUCCUGUUUUUACCUAUACCCUUUGAUCAUUUCACUAACGAUGUGACCAAAAUUCUUAAAUCUGUAUUCAUGGAAACAGCUGGUGUACCUAGCCAGUGUUGUUUUGAUCGUAAGAUUUUUCAAGAGUAUAUGACAGGUGAUCGUUUUAAAUGGAUAGAAAAUGUGUUAGGUGACCAUGAUAAAAUCCUUAUUUUUCUGUGCUUUACAUCGGUGAGUGUAGAACGAACAGGGACAAAACGGGACUCCAUGGCGGAUGAAAUACUAGACAAUAUACUUAUAACAAAAGUAAAAUCACAUAGACUUUGCAAAGUGAUAUUUCUUUAUUUAACGGACAGCGCAGACAGUGUACAGAAGGUUGGGGAUAUUGCAACAGAUAGUUUUCAUAUAAGUAGUACAGAUUGUUACGUAAAUUUUGUUGGUAAUGUUAUGAACUUUUGUGGAAGAAAUCCUGAAGAAAACCCAGAUCUAAUUAGAAGAAUUUCAAGUUGUGAAGCUUCAAGACAUUUCCUUAGAUUCAUUGGUAUAAACGAUAUUUCAUAGGAAAGACGGCUCUUCAUUUCAAGUGUAUCUGUGGCUGACUGAACUCGCUGCUUUAAUUGAUUUUAUACUGGGUAAAAAUAAAGAAUGACUUAAUAGCAUAUAAACAUAAACAACAAUGAUUUUAUAACUUGUAAGCAUCAGCAAUGAUUUUAUAGCGUGCAAUCAUCAACAAUGAUUCUAUAACUUGUAAGCAUCAACAAUGAUUUUAUAUCUUGUAAGCAUCAACAAUGAUUUUAUAACUUGAAAGCGUCAGCAAUUAUUUUAUAGAUUGUAAGCAUCAGCAAUGAUUUUAUAGAUUGUAAGCAUCAGCAAUGAUUUUAUUACUUGUAAGCAUCAGCAAUGAUUUUAUAACUUGUAAGCAUCAGCAAUGAUUUUAUAACUUGUAAGCAUCAGCAAUGAUUUUAUUGCGUGUAAGCAUCAACAAUGAUUUUAUAGCGUGCAAGCAUCAACAAUGAUUUUAUAACUUGUAAGCA